AUGUAAUAGACUGUCUCACUUUUUGCUGGAAUGACUAAAGUCUUUAAAUCUGCUAAUAAUAAUAAAUAGUAUUAAGAGACCUGUAAAUGUCAAAAAGAGAAUUUCAAAGUGGAAUCAUAAAAUAAGGAACACUUAUAAGAAUUUUCAAAGAAACAUAGUACUAAUGAAAAUUAAAAGGAAAAUAUCAUGAUUCAGAGCCAACCUAACAGAAAAUGA